AUGCUGCCCUGCACUCUAGGAGUGUUCACUUCUGAGGCUGGAUCUCAUCGCCUGCGCUCUAGGAACCCAAGGCUCCAGGAGCGGUUGCCCUCACUCCACCGGGGGUUUCCUAGUGAUCCUUGUAAAAGCAACUUAGCACAGUGUCUGGUAUGCAUCAACGGCGUGGGCCAGGCCGGCGCUAGCUGUUGUGCAUGCUUAGAAGCCCAGGACUCUGUUCUGCCUUUGCGGCAUUCGCAGGUCCUCAGGGGGAGCGCGGCAGGCGGGAGGAUUUGCCACCCCAACACCGCAGGCGCGCGUCACCACGGGCAGGCGGAGCCCGGCGGGGCCUGCAGGGCUCGGAGAGCUUCGAAGAGGCUUGGACCUUGGCUGUGUUUGGGGAAUUCGACUGAAGGGGAAGGUGAAAGGAGGUUGCGGCCGAGCGACGACCCCCCUCUAGCUCCUCAGUGCGUGGCAGGAAGAGUCGGGAGGGGAAACCCGGCUCCUCUCGGCAGGUCAGGGCUUCCCCGGGGUCCCGCGCCCCGCUGUUCCCGGGCGCCGCCAGCAGGACGCGGGGCCGCGCCACCCCGCAAGGGUGGGGCAGUGUGGGCGGGCGCUUCCCGGGAGAAAGGCGCGUGCGGGGCCCGGGUUGGUUCGGGGCCUCUCUCGCAGCCUCCGCCUCCGGCGUUUAGGGCUCAGGGCCCCGCAGCGGACUUCCCCGGCGCCUUCUCCCGACUCGAGGGCCCGAGCGCUGGGAGGCCGGCGGAUUCUCCAACACUGGAGUUCAGCGCUCGUCCGCGGCAGGUCCGGGCGCGAAGGGGGAGGAUCCUCCGACCGGCGGCGGGCAGCGCAGGUGCCGCGGGGCCGGGCGCCACCUCCCGGACCGGCCUGGCGCGGGAGCGCACCCGCGAGCCCCGGGAGAGCCUGGCCGCCCCUCGCGGUGACCGCCCAAACCUGCGCAGCCGGCAGUCCCAACCAUGCGCCUGGGCGCCCAGCCUGUCGGUAACAUUAAUAACAGCAAAGUUUUCUGACAAGGCGUUUAGAAAAAUGUAUGGAAGUAUGAAACGCAUGAAGAAAAGACGUGUUACCGCUCCCUGACUCUUCACGGGGCGAACAUUCCCAAGAGACCAUUCCCGGGAUGAAGCAACAGAACGUUACGGGUCCCCACCCCCUCCUCCUUCCGCCUGGGUCCCCACAGACUCCCUUCUUGGCACUAUCCCCACCGCCAAGGGCAACCACUGUUGUGGCUUCUAACAGUAAAGAUUAGUUGUGCCUGAUAUGGAACAUUCUAUAAACGAAAUCCUGUAGUAUGUA